AUGUCGGACACCGAGGCCCCACCGCGACCCGAAGAGGAGCAGCCCGUCGUCGACGACGAGACCAACGAUGAGGAGGAAAUUGCGGCAAUGAAGAAGCGCGUGCAAGAGAUGGAAGCAGAGGCACAGAAGCUGCGCGAGAUGCAGGCCAGCUUGGACCAGCAACAGGACGGUCUGCGCGAGAGCAAGGAGGACAUUGACUCGCGUUCCGUCUUUGUCGGCAAUGUCGACUACGGCGCAUCGCCUGAGGAGAUCCAGGCACACUUCGGCAGCGUUGGCCCCAUCAACCGCGUCACCAUCUUGCUUGACAAGUUCACCGGUCACCCCAAGGGUUAUGCCUACGUCGAGUUCCAGGAGCCCAGUCUUGUCGCCAACGCCAUCGUCCUUAAUGAGAGCGUGUUUAGAGGCCGCAACCUGAAGGUCGUUCCCAAGCGCACUAACCUCCCCGGCCUUGCCAGAGGCGCUGCUGCCGCUGCUGGUGGCCGCGGCCGUGGACGCGGUCGUGGCGGUGCUGGCUUCGGCGGCCCUCCCUUUGGCGGCGGUCGUGGCGGCUUCGGAGGAGGCGCACCUCCAUUCGCUCCUCGUGGCGGCGGGUAA